AUGUCGGCUGAGUCUCCGGUACGACCAUCGCGUCGGGCGACGCGUCGCCCUGUCGUUGUCGAAGAAUCCGACGAUGAAUUGAGCCUCAUCCAUGAAGAUAAUGAUGAGGAGUUUACACCUGCGCCGCCAAAGAGAAGCAGUCCACGCAAAUCCACCAGACGUCAGACAACAGCCAACAUUAGCGAUUCGCCAAAGAAAUCGGCGAGAACGCGCAAAGUCAAGACUGGGGAUGCGAUUGAGCCAUCCGAAAUCUUCGAUCCCGAAGAGACCAUGGGUCAUAACGAACCCGUUUCUCCCACCAAGCGAGCGUCGCCACGAAAAAGACAAAGCACGGCUCCUCCAAAAAGCCGCAGGACCUCGCUUGCACCUUUAGAAUGUUCUCAGGGAGUCGAACUUGGCGAUGAACUCGCUCCAAGCCAGCCAUCCUCUCCUACAAAAGCCAGCUCCCCACGGAAGCGUACGAGCACUGCUCCUCGAAAGGGGAGAAGGUCAUCCGUCAUACCUCCAGUGCCAUCACUUCCGACACCUGCUCCCUCCAUGUCGCCAGAGAAGGAUGAACCAAGUCCGUUGCAUGAUAUAACAGCGAACGCAUUGAACAAGAAGCCUUCACAACCACUGUUGCAAGAGAAAGACACGCGCCCGAUGAACAUGAUGAUGGAAAAGCCGAUGGAUAUCGUCAUAAGAGCACGAGCACAAGCAGUUCCACAAGUGGAGGAACCCACCGGACCAACCUCUCGAAUGGUCAUUAGACAGCUGGUAAUGACCAAUUUCAAGAGUUAUGCUGGCCGACAAGUUGUAGGACCCUUUCAUGCGUCAUUCUCUGCGGUUGUUGGUCCCAAUGGCUCUGGGAAGUCAAACGUUAUUGAUUCACUCUUGUUUGUGUUCGGCUUCCGUGCCAGUAAGAUGCGACAAGGGAAAAUAUCGGCGCUCAUCCAUAACUCUGCCCAAUAUCCAAACCUCGACUUUUGUGAGGUUGAGGUCCACUUUCAGGAGAUUAUUGACCUUCCUGGUGGGAAACAUGAAGUGGUCCCUGAUACAGAACUUGUUGUUUCGAGGAGAGCGUUCAAGAAUAAUUCCAGCAAUUAUUACCUGAAUGGUAGAACCACAAAUUUCACGACAGUCACGACUCUGUUAAAGGACAAAGCCAUCGAUUUAGACCACAAACGAUUUCUCAUUCUCCAAGGUGAAGUCGAGUCUAUCGCUCAGAUGAAGCCCAAGGCAGCCAACGAGCAUGACGACGGACUCCUCGAAUAUCUGGAAGAUAUUAUUGGCACGUCCAAAUACAAGACACCAAUUGAGGAAGCCGCCGUAGAGUUGGAAAGCCUCAACGAGGUUUGCAUUGAGAAACAAGGUAGAGUUCAACAUGUCGAAAAGGAGAAAAAUGGGCUCGAGGACAAGAAGAACAAGGCCCUGUCCUUUAUCCGGGACGAGAAUGAAUUGGCUGAGAAACAGUCUGCCCUGUACCAGAUAUAUGUCGCUGAAUGCGAGGAUAAUAUCAAGGUGACAGAGGAGGCAAUCGGCCAAAUCCAAGAUCAGCUGAAUGCCGAGCUUGAAAAACAUGCUGGAAGUGAAGACACAAUCAAAGAGCUCGAAAAAGCAUACAACAAAGCCUUCAAGCAGUACGAACGAAUCGAAAAGCAAGCCCAGGAGUUCAGUAAGGAGUUGGCAAAGUACGACAAGGAAAAUGUCAAGUUUGAAGAGAAAAGAAAGUUCAUUACAGGCAAGCAGAAAAAGGCAGAAAAGACUGCGACCACGAGCAGAUUAGCCGCAUCCGAAGCUAGAAGUUCGGUUGAAAAGCACACCGAAGACAUUGAAACCAAAGGCUCAGAGGUUGCUGAACUUGAGAAGCAUAUGCAAAUUGAAGAACAAAAGCUAGCGGCAAUUCGGGACGACCUUAAAGGCAAGACCCAAGGCUUCUCAGACCAAAUCGCUUCGAAACAAAAAUCUUUAGAGCCCUGGAACAAGAAGAUCGAUCAGAAGCAGUCGGUGAUCGCUGUUGCGAACUCCGAACUUGACAUUCUGAAAGAGAAAGCGAACAGUGGUCAAAGAGCAAUUGAUCAAUCCAACGCAAAGAUCGAGGCCAUCGAAUCCAGCAGAAGCGAAAAGCUCGAAGAAAUCGAACAGCGUAAACACGAGAAACUCCGACUAGAAAAGGAUGUUAGGAAGAUCCAGGAUGCACUUCAAAAACUUGCCGCCAGUGAACCAGAAGUGCGAUCACAGAUUUCAUCAGCACGACAAAAGGCCGAUGAUGCACGGGCUAGUCUAUCCGCCACACAAAACCAAGGAAACGUUCUCAAAGGUCUCCUACGACUGAAGGAUUCUGGUCGAAUUGACGGAUUCCAUGGACGACUUGGAAAUCUGGGCACGAUCGACGAACAGUUUGACGUUGCGGUAUCAACGGCUUGUGCAGCACUGGAGAAUAUGGUUGUUGACAAUGUCGAGGUCGGUCAACAGUGCAUUGAGUACCUUCGCAAGAACAAUUUAGGACGAGCCAAUUUUAUCCUACUUGAUAAAUUGGCCCAUAGAGAUCUCUCGCCAGUUCAGACUCCUGAAAAUGUCCCUCGACUGUUUGACUUGAUCAAACCCAAGGAUCCUCGAUUCGCUCCUGCGUUCUACAGCAUUAUGCAAAAUACUCUGGUGGCAGAAAAUCUCGAGCAAGCGAACCGGAUCGCCUAUGGUGCUAAACGAUGGCGCGUGGUCACCUUAGAUGGUCAACUCAUUGAUGUGUCUGGUACCAUGAGUGGAGGUGGUACUCGUGUCGCACGUGGAGCCAUGUCUUCGAAGUUGGUUGCUGAAACAACAAAGGAGCAAGUACAAAAGCUCGAAGCUGAACGCAACCAGCUAGAAACACAGUUUGAGGCCUUCCAGACGCGCCAGCGAGAACUGGAAGCGAGUCUUCAAGAGAAACAAGAAGAGAUCCCUCGAUUGGAGACCGCCAUCCAGAAGAUCAAUCUAGAAGUGGAGAACUGCACUAGGAAUCUUGCCGAUGCAGAGAAACGUGUUCAGGAUCUCAUUGCUGAACUUGCCUCAACAUCUGCCGAUGACUCUCAAAUCAAAGCACUGGACAAGCAGAUUGACUCUUUGAAUAAAGAGCUUGAAAGCCUGCACUCUGAGACUGCGAGCGUUGAAUCUGAGAUCCAGGCAUUGCAAGACAAGAUCAUGGAAGCUGGAGGUAUUCAGCUUCGUAGUCAGAAGGCGAGGGUUGAUGGGUUGAAAGAACGAAUAGACUUAUUGAACGAGGACAUUUCUAAUGCCGAAGUGGCAAAGACGAAGAACGAAAAGCUCGCCGAUAAGCAUGAGAAAGCCAAGGCUAGUUCAGAAAAAGAGCUCGAAACACUGUCCAAGGACUUGGAAAAACUCGAGAAUGAUGUCGAAGCCCACAAAGCUGAGGCUGCAGAAUCAAGACAGCGUGCUGAGCAGGCGCAAGAGGAACAGGCCAAUCAAAAGGAAGAGCUGGCGACACUAAAGAAGAAUCUCGACGCGCAGACUACUGAAUUGAACUCAACUAGGGCCCAGGAGAUUGAAAUGCGCAAUAAGCUUGAGGAGAAUCAGAAAAUUCUGGCUGAGAACAAUGGCAAGAGCCGCCACUGGACCGAGAAAUUGUCGAAAUUGUCGCUACACGAUAUUGCAGAUCUGGAAGGAUCUAGUCCAGAGGAAGAACAGCAGCAAGAAAAGGAAGAGGAAAUGCCAGACGCUCCCCCCCCAGCCGAAACUGAGGCUGUCGCUGAAGCGGAUCCAGAUGCUAUGGACAUUGAUAACGAAGAUCCGCAGCAGCCGCAAGACUCAGAUGAAGCUCCAGAGGAGGGACAACCAAAGACUACACGCCGUCAGCUACAAACAUUCACCCGCGAUGAACUCCUCGACAAGUCCAAAAAUCACUUGAUUGCCUCCAUUGCCGCAUUGGAAGAGAAAAUUUCUCACGCCUCGAGCAUCGACCUUGCCGUCAUCGCCGAAUACCGACGCCGAUGCGAAGAAGUCGCCUCACGAACCACGGAUCUGAAGACCGCCGUCAAAGCUCGCGACGGAGCAAAGACUCGCCUUACAGACCUGCGUAAUUUGCGCCUCACCCAAUUCAUGACGGGUUUCACAACGAUCUCAUCUCAUCUUAAAUCAAUGUACCAACUCAUCACCCUGGGAGGCAACGCUGAGCUCGAAUUGGUGGACAGUCUCGACCCCUUCUCCGAAGGCAUCCUAUUUAGCGUGAUGCCGCCGAAGAAGAGUUGGAAGAACAUCGGGAACCUGUCUGGCGGAGAAAAGACAUUGAGUUCCCUGGCGUUGGUCUUUGCACUUCACGUCUACCGUCCCACGCCAUUAUAUGUCAUGGAUGAGAUUGACGCAGCUUUGGAUUUCAGGAACGUCUCAAUUGUUGCAGGCUACAUCAAGGAACGCACCAAGAACGCACAGUUCAUCGUCAUUAGUCUGCGGAACAACAUGUUUGAACUUGCCGAGCGGCUCGUCGGCAUCUAUAAAGUCAACCAUAUGACCAAAAGCGUCACGGUCGAGAACCGUGAUUAUCUAGCUCUCGGGAGGCAGGCUCAGGCUCAGGCCCAGCAGGCCCGGGCAAUUGAGCAACAGCAGCAGCAGCAGCAACUGAAUGGACAAAUGAGCCAGAUGGUCCCGGCGCCAAUUCGGUAG